UCCCCCUCCGCUUCGGCCCGACUCGGCCCGGCCGGCUCCGCGAGGUCCGGCAGGCCGCGGGCUAGCGGGCCUGCCCGGCGGGGGCCCGAAGAGAAGCCGCCGCGAAGGUGGGCGCCCGGAGCAGCGGACGCCGGAGUCAGGUGAUGAGCCCCCUGUCCCUGCAGAGGGGCGCCCCCAGGAAAUGGCCUCCAAGUCGCUACCCAACCUGCUCACUUUCCUGUGUGGCUCUGCGGUGGGCUUCUUCCUGUGCUACCAGCUCCUGCACAUCCUGCUGGAGAAGCCAGCUGAGACCCAGCCACACAUCAUCCAUAACGACCCACAUGCCCGGCACUCGGAGGACUCUGCCCACGGGCACCUGGAAGGCCAGAUGGACUUUGGGGCCGACAUCAGCCAGCACAGAGAUGAGGACAAGCGCGUGGCCGAGGAGCUCUACCACAGGGUCCGGGUCCUCUGCUGGGUCAUGACGGGGCCUCAGAACCUGGAGAAGAAGGCCCGGCACGUCAAGGCCACGUGGGGCCGGCGCUGCAACCGGCUGCUGUUCAUGAGCUCCGAGGAGAACAAGGACUUCCCCACGGUGGGGCUGGACACCCGCGAGGGCCGCGACCAGCUCUACUGGAAGACCAUCCGCGCCUUCCAGUACGUGUACGAGCACCACCCGGACGAGGCCGACUGGUUCAUGAAGGCCGACGACGACACCUACGUGGUCCUGGACAACCUGCGCUGGCUGCUGGCCCGCCACGACCCCGCCAAGCCCAUCUACUUCGGGCGCCGCUUCAAGCCCUACGUCAAGCAGGGCUACAUGAGCGGGGGCGCCGGCUACGUGCUCAGCAGGGAGGCGCUGCGGAGGUUCGUGGAGGCCUUCAGGACCAACAGGUGCUCCCACAGCUCCUCCGUGGAGGACCUGGCGCUCGGCAAGUGCAUGGAGGCCAUCGGCGUGGAGGCCGGAGACUCCCGCGACCCCAGCGGCAAGGAGACCUUCCACCCCUUCGUCCCAGAGCACCACCUCAUCAAGGGCUACCUGCCCAAGACCUUCUGGUACUGGAACUACAACUACUACCCGCCCGUCGAGGGCCCCGGUUGCUGUUCGGACCUCGCCGUCUCCUUCCACUAUGUUGAUUCUACCACUAUGUACCAGCUGGAGUACUUUGUGCACCACCUGCGCCCCUACGGUUAUUCCUACAGGUAUCAGCCCUCCUUGCCCGAGGCGCCAGCCAAGCAAGCGAGUGAAGCCGGCAGAAAAGAAGGUUCCCAAGAGAAGUCGGGGAACCAGUAAAAGACGGAGUCCUCCUGAGCAGAGGGGGCCCAGAUGGGGGCCCCCCACACCUGCGGCAGGUGGUCAGGGGAGUGUGGACAGGAGGACACUUGGGACCCUGCCAAAAAUCUUUCUUAAACGGUCGUGUCGCCUUCUGUAGGGAGCCCAGGCAGCAGCUGUGCAAUGUGGCAGCCUAGUGGUCCAGGGGUAGAUGGGUGGGUGGAUUGUAGAUAGAUAGAUGGAUAGAUGGAUGGAUUAUGGAUGGAUGGAUGGGUAGAUGGAUUGUAGAUGGAUGGAUGGAUUGUGGAUGUUUGCAUUAUAUGCGAUCAGUUUUCAAAAUAUUUUAGGGUCGAUAUUUCUAGUACAAUGGGCAUGAAGCUGUGGUUGGAGCCACAAUUUCUGAGCAUUGUCCAUAGUAAACCCCUGGGCAAGUGGAGGUUAGUGUAGCUUGAUUUAGAUGCCCUUGGGAUAGCGUCUGGAUGGAUGGAUGGAUGGAUGGAUUGUAGAUGGAUGGAUGGAUUAUGGGUGGAUGGAUAAUUGGAUGGGUGGCAGAUAGAUGGAUGGAUAGAUGGAUAGAAGGAUGUGUGAAUGGAUGAGUGGAUGCAUGGGUGGUUGGGUGGGUGUAUGGAGAUAGAGAUGUGAAGGAUUCAUAUUCCCCAAACUAAAUGCCUCCAUUUAUGGGCAGCUGGGAAACAGCCUGAGUAAAAAGAGUGUGCUUUUGCCUCAGACCCCUCCAUCCCUCUGUGUCCAUCACAGAGAGAGGUUGACACCCAGGCUCCCUGUGGCUUCCUGGAAGCAGUAGGUCUGGGGUAGGAAGGGGGCUUCUAUUCCAAUCCAACCUGCCUUAAACAGAAAAGCCCUUCUGAGGACAGAGGAGCUGCUGCUGCUUCCCCAAGCCCCUGAGCUUGUCUCUGCUCCGUGAAUCAGAAAUGUGGGGGACCUCGCAGCCCGUGGCAGCUCCAUGCCAGCACAGAGCCUGUGGCCAACUCUGGAGGAAUUCAGCCCAGAUGCCUGGUCCGGGACCCAGCAGGAGUUGACUCAUUCCCUCGUCCCAGCAAGUGCCCCCUUCACACCUCUUGCCCACAGUCUAUCCUCGGCCUGGUCCGUCUUGAAGUUUCUCCGAGUCCGCCCCCUCCCACGUGCCUGUUGGGUCUUCUCUGAAUGUCCCUUUCCCCAGUGUUUGCAGGAGGGCUCUGAGUAAAACUGCACCGGGUGAUCACGGGGGAGGUGGAGCACUCCCCUUGCUCCCUGAGAGGCUCCUCCCGUGGCCAAGGGCUUGUUCAGCCACCAAAUGGGGAGGGCCCCAAGUCCCAGUCUGGCUUCUGAGACCGUCCUCUCACCGGCUGAUGUUGGAGGAAGAGGAGCCCCCGAAAGGGAGAGCCCCCGGCUCUGUCCGGACCUUGUGCCUCUCAGGCCCUGGCCUUCGGGCCCGAUUCUUGGGGCAGGGUCGGCCCUGACGCUCCUUCCUCCGGGAAGCCAGGAGACGCCUGGGCUCGGCUCCCCACCCCCACAGAGUAUUUGGGUUCUUGGGGGAGGCGUGUAGCAGGUGACAGGAUAUGUAGGAGACUCCCCAGCCUGGGAGCUCCCGAGGUGACUGGUCCCCUGCUGGUCAGUGCUUCCAGGGCUCCCCUCUGCUGAAAUCCUCAGAACUCGGAGCUCCUCGUCAAUAAGGGUGGAGAGAGAGUGCGGGGCUGGGGUAGAAAGGAGGCAGCGUCCUGCUGGCUCGGGGGGUGGGGGGGUGCCCGGUGGUCCGCGGUUGGCCAAAGCGGAGCCGACCGACUCCGAGGCACCGCUGAGCGGCCCGGAGCGGCCGAGGCAGUGUUCGGGUCCCUGGGUGUGGAAGCCCCGGUCCGGAUCGCUCCGGCGAGUCGCCCUCAGCCGAGGCUCCCGUGAAAGCCCAGGGGCCUCCGUCCGGCUGCACGGGAAGUGGAAGCGAUGGGCUCUGGCCUGAGACACUUUAAAUAAGCCCGAAUUCUUGUUGGUUUGAACCCUUCUCCUCCCUCGUGUCCCCUGGGCUUCUGCAGCUCGUCAGGGGCAUUGCACGAGUUUGUCGAGUCCCCGCCGGGCCCGGGAGCCCGCAGCCCUCGGCCCUCUGAAGGCCGCCCUUCCUGGCCCACCGGUGGGGACGGGGUGACCUGGGAAGGAGCAGGGCCACGGACAGGAGAUGUGGGGGCUGUGGGGGAGCUCUCUCGCAGGCCCCCAGACCCGAGUGCUUCCUCUUAACGCCACUGGGAGCAAGGGAUCCCCGAGAAGGGCCCGGAGUGCUGUCCACGACGCUGAGCCGUUCCCAGCCCGUCCUUGGCCUCCCACGGGCUCUGAAUGUGAGGAAGGUGGCCAGUUGGGCCUUCUCCUGAUCCUGGCAGCCCCUCUCCGUUGUCUGCCUCGGGGCUGGGGGUGGUCACCGUGCCCGCCUCGGAGCUGGCACACCGGGCUUCCUGUGGCCUGAAGCCGGGCCGGGGAGGCAGUACCAGCCUCGGUGCCCUCCGUCCCCGGGACAGCUAUGUGAAGCCUUGCUGCCUGCUCCCUCUGGGCCGGCCCAGGGCCAGGGCCUCUGCUGGGGCUCAGCGCAGGGGACAGGACGGGAGGGGAGCUCUCUGUAACCCUUGUUUCCGAAGUGCCUUUUGGAUGGUUGUUUUUUUUUUUUUUUUUUUUUUUUAAUCCAUUAAUUUAAACCGAGAAUUGCACAAAAAUAAAGAUGACUGGCCAUCUGUCUUCCACGA